UGAUGAAAAUAAGUCAUCUUAUCAAAGUGACCUUUUUUAAGUUUAGAGUGAAUAUUUAGUCUUUACUGGAGCAGAUGUUGGUUUUAGGACACAUUAGUAGCAUUUAGCGCCCGUAGCACGGCACGCGGGUCAUUUUUAACAGGAUCACUGGUCCGAGGCUCGGAGGGACAAGCUGUGUUUUCCAUCCAGGGCGUGUUGAUGGAACCUGGUUUUCACUGUGUAAUUCAGAUAAGGUAAGUGUUAAUGCAGUCGCAUAGUUCAGGCAUGAACACUGAGAUAAGACCAGUAAACACUUCCUGUUAUUGUUCAGCUGUAGGAGGGAGCAGACCUGGGACCAGUCUGACGGGAGACGGACUUUAGCUUAAGAAUCAGGGUCGUGUUUCACACAGAAGACGUUUUAAACUCCUUAAACCUGCAGAGAUCAUGCUGUGGAAAGGUUUUCACGCCUAUGAUUCUGAUCAGCAAGAAAGGUCACGAUCAGAGUAACAAACCCGAAUAAAUAUAAAAUACAGUUUACACAUGAUGAUUCUGUCAACGUUGUGUACAGUUUUUAAAUUCACGUUGAGAGUAAAUUUACUUUUUCCAGAAAAACCUGAUGAAGAAGGCACCAUAAAUGUGAGUUUUCAGGAGGAAAAGUCAACGGACACAGUGUAGGUGGUUAGAGUCCCUCACACGGGCCCACACUGAAGGUUCCAGCUCGCAUCCGUGUCCCGCUACGGCCCCAACGUCUGGCUGGACUGUAAAGAAACCAGCGACGGUUUUAGUGUUGAUGCUGUUGUAAAAACACGUUUGUAAUGUUUCUGCCUGACUGCUUCAGGCUUUACGUCAGUCCUCAGACCUCAUCCACUCAGGACAUGAGCUCAUAGACCAACACCCGCAGGAACAAGCGCUCCGUUCAGCCCAACAUCCUUCUCUCCAUUAAACGGGUCCUGUUAGAAAACCGGUUCAGUCCAACCGAUCGGUUCUUGUGGUCAGACAUCUGUCCAGUCCAGUCAGAGGAUUAAUCACGGUGGUUAACAGGACACCCUAACCCCUUCUUUAUUUAUUUUGAAAGGACACAACACAGAAAAUCUAGCAGAUGGGCUGAGAUUGUCCAUCUGACUUUGACUGAUUGCCCUAGAUGAUUAAAGGGACUUUACGGAGUUUUGAAUUUUUAUGCUCGUGAUCGCCCCCUCAGGCCAAAAGCGUAACGGCAGCUUCAAUAGUAGACUCGUGCACGAGGCGCGCAUGCUGUACGUACACACUCCUUAACGGAAAUAACAGCUGAGACAGUCUUGUGUGUGUGCGUGUGUGUGUGUGUGGCCCGGAGGACAGAGGACAGGAGAACGCGCAGCUAAUUAAUUAAAUAAUUUGGUUCUGUACCUUUCUCUUCAGCACAGCCGACAAAGGUUUAUGAUGGGUCAGUCCUCCUGCAUGCUCAGAUCAUUCCCUUCCCUUGCUUGAAAAAUUGUUCCAAAAUGAAAGUUGAACCCACAUCUUUUUUAUCUGUGAAUUCAAUGCCGUUCGGCGAGUCUCAAAUAAAAAUUUGGGCAUCUUACUGUAAAAAAUAUACCAUUAAUGUAAAAAAUAAACUCUAAAUAAACUAUGUUCACAUCCAGAAUCGAACCCAGGUCUUCCACAUGGGAGUCAGACAUCUUACAAGGUGAGCUACAGUCUAGUAACAUUCACAGCAUCUGUAACAUUUCGGAGUGAAAAUGUCUAUUUUGAUGCUAAGUUGCAGGAAAUAUCUAGAAGAACGUUCUACAGAAAGUAGCUAAGGGUCCUCAGAAAUGUAGCUAGCUUUGUCACUAGGCGUUAGGAACAGCGACAAAGUGGCACUGCCUCUCUCUCUGCUGCUAAAGCUACGGAUAGCAAAUGCUACGGGCUAUGCCUGAGCGUGAACGCGCAUGAAGCAGCCUGCUCGACCCGAGCAUCUCUCUUUUUCUGUGAUUUUACAGAAAAACAGGCAAUCACAGUAAAAAUGCCAGGGCUCAUUCUACAGGACCAGGGCAUUGCAGGAGAAUGUAUGAAGAAGACAUUUAUUAUUUCUAUACAUGUUUUGGCUGUCACACUUCCAUAAUGCACCUUUAAAUCAUCAGCUAUCCGUGGACUCAUUGUUCUUUCACUCAUUUUUGCAUGAAGGCAACAUUUUUGGUGAAUUUUCAGUCAAAUGCAGACAGACCAGCAUGGUGUGGCUGCCGAGAGAUCCAUCCAGUGGUCGACCGUGAAAAAAGGGAUGCAAGAUCCAUGAACAUCUGCUUCUUCUGGACUGGAGCUGAGACGUUUCUACGCCCUGAGUCAGCGGUAACAUCAGAAACCAAAGACGGAUGUGAUGAGUUUAAUCAGAGGAAAAAACGAGGUGGGAAUCAGAAUCCAGGUGUGUUGUGUUCGACAACAGAUCAGCUCAGCAGCUGACAGCGUGCUGGUUAUGAGCAGAAGACUGUUUGUCUCCACUUGGACCGUCCUCUCACUCUGCAGACGGCAGCCACAUCACGACGAGGUGAUUCCGACCCCUGAAACCUAAAACCGGAGUUUCAUCAUCACCCUCACGCCCUCCAGUGUUCUGCAGAGAUCCAGGGCCUCAGAAGUGAGGAAGAGGAGUGAAGGGGAGCGAGCCUGCUUCAGUAAUGCUGGCUCCGUCUGUGUGGACCGAUGGACCAGAUCCCUGCUAAACAUUAUGUUUGGAGCCGAGCCCAGAGCUGCACACUGCUUCCAAUUAUCUCCGUACCUCGCUCUACCUCUCUCCCUCUCUCUGGCUCACACUCAGGAGAGUUCAGUGAAAACUGACCGGGUAGGGGAGGGGAGAGGAGGGGAUGUCCUUUUCUUCUUCCUCCCCCCUUUUUUUCCUCCAGUGCUUGUUUUCACUCGACCACAAAGCAAGAAAAGGAGAUCAGGAGGGGAGUCGGCGUGGAGACGUUUGGGAGUUCCUGCAGAAGAACCACAAACACAGACUCUCAAGAUGCUCGGGCGUUUGCUGAUCCUCUUCAUCUUCCUCGCUUCUCCUCAGCCAGCUGAUGGACAGACAGGGGGGAGGGACGGAGGGAAAGGAGGAACGGAGAGAUUUCAGGUGAUGUUCACGCCGACAAUUUGCAAGGUGCUCUGCAGCCAGGACCGAUGUGUCAACCACUGCGAGCGAGGCAACGUGACCACGCUGUACAGCAGCGGUGAAGCAGGAGGAAGAGGAGACGGCACCCGCGGCCCAGGAUUCAGAGUCUUCCUCUGUCCCCUGCUCUGUAAGAACGGAGGCAUCUGUCUCCAGAAGGAUCGUUGUUUCUGCCCCUCAAACUUCACCGGAAAAUUCUGCCAGAUUCCCGUUUCUCCUUCCGUCUCCUCCUCCGCCGUGUCCUCGCCCUCCUCCACCAAUGAGGUGGUCAAACCCGCGGCCCCAUCCAGCACGGCAGCCAAUCAGGAUCUGAUGCAGUCGGAGUUCCUGCUGCCACUGGGCCAGAACCAGGAGGCGCCACGCUCCGCAGCAGCACCCGGUUCUGCCAUGGUGAAGGUCCGAGUCCAGCACCCCCCUGAGGCCAGUGUGAAGAUCCAUCAGGUGGUGAAGGUUCCUGGAUCCAGUUACUCUCCGCAGAUGUUCUCCUCCUCCUCUUCGGGUUCUGCUGGCGCUCCAGCCCCGGUUCUGACGAGCGCUGGUAGGAUCCAGGCCCAGACGCUGAGAGGUGCCGGUACCUACAACCAACAGUCUGGUUUUAAAUACUGCUUCAGAGAAGUUAGAGAUGGACAGUGCAGUUCUCCACUUCCUGGUUUGAGGAGCAGAGAGGUGUGCUGCAAAGGGAUGGGGAAGGCCUGGGGCAUCACGGAGUGUGUCCUCUGUCCUGAAUUCUCAGGUCAAAGCAACAGCAGCUGUCCUGUUGGGUUUGUGCGAUCCAAUGGAACACAGUGUGUUGAUGUGAAUGAGUGCCUCCAGCCGGGGCUCUGUGAGAACGGCCUCUGUGUGAACACCAGGGGGAGCUAUAGCUGCGUGUGUCGGUUGGGGUUCAUCCUCGAUGCCACACAUGGAAUUUGCAUCUCCCAAAGCGUGAUAUCAGAGGAGAAGAGUCAGUGUUACCGGGUCCUUGGUUCUGGUCGGGGUCCCGCUUCGUGCUCACUGCCCAUUCCUCGGAACAUCACCAAGCAGAUCUGCUGCUGCAGUCGGGUCGGGAAGGCCUGGGGACCCGACUGCGAGAGGUGUCCGUACUUUGGUUCUGUUGCCUUUAAGGAGAUCUGUCCAGCCGGGCCCGGUUAUCAAUACUCAGCUUCGACUCUGCAGUUCAGCCAGAGAGUUGGUACCGAGCUCACGGACAGGAAGCCAUCAGCACCGGAUACCAGAGGUACCAGUUCUGAACCCAGGUCCAGUGGUGGCGCCGCUUCCAGUUCUCAGCAGAAUCCAACAUCUUCUGGUACCAGAACCAGUCCACCUCAGCAGCCUCCACAGCCCAGGCCCGGCCCAGCUGCUGGAUCUUCUUCUGUCAGAACUCUUCAACCUUCCAGUGCUACGACCUCACAGAGCAGAGCAGGAGCCAAUCAGAACCGACCCAAUUCAACACAAUCACGACUCCCACCUCCUUCCACGGAGGAUCGAGCUGGAAGUCGAUCCUCAGGGUCCUGGUCCAAUCUGCCACCAGCUCAAGGGGACACUCUCCCAGUCCCAGCCCAGCCACAGAGUCCCGGGCGUGGAUUCAGAACCGACGGACAGCUGGAUCCACCACAGAACCGCCCAGCAGUGAGACCAACCCGGCCCACCAGAGUCCAGAGAGUGUGUGAGAGUAGACCAGGUUUAUGUGGGCGUGGCCUCUGUGUGGAUCAGCCAGGUGGGAAGCACACCUGUGAGUGUGAUCAGGGACAUCAGCCCAACGCUCAGAGGACACGCUGUCACGAUGUGAACGAGUGUGUGCAGACCCCAGGUGUGUGUUCAGGUGGAGAGUGUGUGAACAGCGCUGGAAGCUUCUGGUGUGUUUGUUCUUCUGGAUUCAGAAGCAACAACGAACAGACCAGCUGUAAAGAUAUCGACGAGUGUCAGCAGAACCCCUGCAGUGACGGCCGCUGUGAAAACACACCUGGCAGCUACAGAUGCGUCUGUCACCAUGGUUACAGGCUCACUGGCAACACGUGCUCAGAUGUGGAUGAGUGUGUGGAUCCUCUGCUGUGUCCGGGUCAGGAGUGUAUCAACACUCCAGGUUCUUACCGCUGCUCUUCCUGCCAGCCCGGAUUUGGACUUCUUAACGGGCUCUGCACAGACAUCGACGAGUGUCGUCAGGCUCCGUGCCCCUAUGGUCACUGUGAAAACACACCUGGGAGCUACCGCUGCGUCUGUCGCCAUGGUUACAAAAUGCAGAACAACACCUGCACAGAUAUGGAUGAGUGUGCAGAGCCUUCUCAGUGUCCUGGACAGAUGUGUGUGAACUCUGUGGGCUCCUACAGGUGUGUGUCGUGUCGUCCUGGAUACGCACUUACCAACAGACAGUGCACAGAUGUGGACGAGUGUGCGAGAGUCGGAUCGUGUGAAGAGGACCGGGUUUGUGUGAACACGAUCGGCUCGUUCAGGUGUGACUGUCCGUCUGGAUACAGAAGCUCCAGCCUAGGGCGUCAGUGCACAGACGUAAACGAGUGCUUGGAGGGGGACUUCUGUUUCUCCAGAGGAGAAUGUGUGAACACACCUGGAUCAUACAUGUGUGUGUGUUCCCCUGGAUUCACUCUGAGUGACAACAGGACAGCCUGCCUCGAUGUGGAUGAGUGUGUGAAGCCAGGUGUGUGUUCAGAUGGUCGCUGUAUAAACACUGAAGGCUCAUUCCUGUGUGAAUGUGGAGCCGGCUUCACCACCAACCCAGAGAAUACUGCCUGCCUCGAUCUUGACGAGUGUGUGAAAUCUGGUGGUUCCGUUUGUGGGUCACAGCGAUGUGAGAAUACGAUUGGCUCGUACCGCUGCCUUACUUCCUGUGAAGCGGGCUAUCAGGUGGCGCCUGACGGCAGCUGUGCAGACGAGGACGAGUGCGUGUCUAAGCCAGACGUGUGCGGCCCGGCCCGCUGCCAGAAUCUGAGAGGAAGCUUUGAAUGUGAAUGCGACGGAGCAGAAGAAGAGUUUGACUCCAGCAGCAAACAGUGUGUCCGACCCGUAAAGCCCGGAGCAGGAUCAUCUCCCAGCGCCCGCCACUCCAGUUCCUCGUCUGAUUCCUCCUCAUCCUCCUCCGCCUCCACCUCCUUCCAGGCCAGCCUGGUGGAUGUUGCUCCGGUUCUGACCCAGCUCCCUGCGUCCCGUCCUGGGGAGCUCAGGGAGUGUUACUACAACGUGGCGGACUGGGGAACCUGCAGCGUGUUGGCCACCAACACCACUCAGCAGGAAUGCUGCUGCACCAUGGGGGAGGGCUGGGGACUGAGCUGUCAGUACAACUCUUGUCCACCUGUGGACACAGCGGAGUUUCUGUCUCUGUGUCCCAGCGGGAGAGGCUACAUUACCUCAGGACCGGGAGCCUUCAGUUACAGAGAUGUGGAUGAGUGUAAGCGUUUCCAUCCAGAAGUGUGUAAGAACGGGGUGUGUGUUAACAACAUUCCAGGAUACAGCUGUUACUGCUCCAGUGGAUAUGUUUACAACAGCACGCUGCUGGAGUGUGUUGAUCACGAUGAGUGUGAAGAGGAGAGCUGUGUAGGAGGUGUCUGUGUGAACACACUCGGUUCGUACUACUGCAGCUGUCCUCCUCCUCUGGUGCUCGAUGACACUCAGAGGAUCUGUGUCAACGCCUCCCAUCUCACUGUGGAUGAGAACCUGUCUGUGUGCUGGCAGCACGUUACCGCCGACCUGCUGUGUCAGAGUCCUCUUCUCGGCGCUCAGGUCACCUUCGUGGACUGUUGCUGUUUAUACGGCGAGGGCUGGGGGAUGGGCUGCGCCCUUUGCCCCCCCACUGACUCAGAGGACUACGCCUCCUUGUGCAGCUCGCUUUCUCCUCCUCGUUUCUCCGAGAGGUUUCCUGACCCAGCUGGAUCAGAACCAGGAGCGGGACGAGGAGGGCCUCCGUACGGGACGGAUCUCUUCUCUCCCAGCAGAGAUUUCAGUCGUUCUGACUAUGAUGACUACGCUCAGGCAGGAGGCAGCAGGUCCAGCUUCGGGGGGAGGGCCCAGACCUCCUUGGGUCUGCCGGAGGACACCUAUCGGGGCUCUGAGUACAGCACCAGUUACUUUGCUGAAGGAGACUAUGGCUCCCCCGACGGGUCUCCACCCAGGACCCCAUCCUUUCGCCUCCCUCCCGACCCUCGAUCUGAGAUCGGGUUUGGGGCUCGACCUCUUCCUCCAUCCCAGCCCGACCUCCCUUCUCUGAACCUGGCUCCACUGCCGGGAUCUCCCUACAUGGAGGAGGAGGAAGAGGAGGAGGAGGCCAGGGCGUGGAGGCCAGGCCCGGCGUUUCCUCCCUUCAGUGACAGGAGCAGAGGAGGAGGAGCACAACGGCGGGUGUACGAGAGGCGCUACGAGCCCUACGCCGGCCUGAAUGCAGCGGAGGAUUGUGGGAUUCUGCACGGCUGUGAGAACGGCAGGUGUAUUCGCGUUGCUGAAGGUUACACCUGUGACUGUUACCAUGGAUACGAGCUGGACAUGACCUCCAUGACCUGUGUUGAUAUAAACGAGUGUGAGGACGGCUUCAGCGUGGCCUUUCCGUGUGUGAACGCUCGCUGCGUCAACACGGAAGGAUCCUUCCGCUGUGUCUGCAGGAGAGGCUACGUCAUGUCCCGCAGACUGAACCACUGCAUUGCUGCUUAGACCAGGACGCCGACCCGUCGGGCCAGUAAGCAGACCGGACUGAUCUGGUUUUGGUACCGGACACAGCUGAUGAACUGGACUCAACCAGCUGAAAACCGAUUGCACUAAGCUGGACAGUCUGACCCAACAUCCCAUCAAAGUUCUGCUUUAACCCGAACACGCCCACCAGAUCAAACCUGGAACCAGCUGAUCUCCAUGGCAACCAGAACAGCUGGUUGUUUCCAGCCUGUGUUCCUCUAGCUGUCUGAGAUCGGUGGAACCUCAUUCACAUAAAUCCAGAGGUUAAAAAAAGUAUUCAUUCAAAUUGUAUCUCUAUAAAAUCAGUAAUGACAACAGACAUUUAAAGCAUUUGUCUGAGUGUGAACACAUCCAACUUCUCCAUGUGGAGACAUGACGUCUCUGGAGCUUCACGUCCAACGAUUCCCAGACUGAUGACCCUCCAGAGGCUUUUAGAUGAGCAUUAAUGAAAGGAAUGGUUAAUUAGACAUCUGAUGGACGUAUGCUUCCAGUGAGGUCCGGUUCAUUCAUGGUGUCAUAUCAAACACGUGUGUUAGAUUCAUCAUGGCUCCUGUUUCCUCUACACACUCGCAAACAAAUAAUAGUUUCCAAGUUAUAGAGUUAGGAGCUAAACUAUCUUUAGUUUUCUGGGUUCUUACGGAUCUCAGAGCUUCAGAGUGUAGAUCAGAGGAACCAUCUGAGAUGCUUCUGGAGAAUUACAGAGAGCUGGUUGAUCUCCAGCUUCUGCAGGUCUAAGCCGAAGCUUUAGGUGGAAACCCAGAAACAAGUUCAAUAAAAUACACCUGAGAGUUUUUAGAAAGUGAUGAAGUUGAAUCUUUUCUGAACUAGUCCUGUUGAGCAUUUAAACCUGGUUAUUGAUCUCCUGCACGUUGGAUGUUUGUUAGAAUGAAGCUGGCCUGCAGAAAAACAAAAGUUUUAUUGUUUUAAAAACCAAACUCUAAGAAUCACUGAACUCAGACUCAUUUUCUUUAAAGCCACAGUGUGUAAAAAUAUUUGACUCUAGCGCCACUCAGUUCAGAGUAGGUAUUGCAUCUAUGGUAGCCCACACACAUCAAAAAGGCAAUGGAACGCACCCCACACCAGCUUUCAUUUACUGUUUCUGCUGUUUCCUGCAGCCAGCCUCUCUCAGGGAUUAGAGAGCCCUCUGGACAUGUCCUGUUAAUAUGUAGAACUGGUCUUUUGCAGCUGCUGUCUUGCUCCAGUGCUGCUGCUUCUGCCAUAUCUAACACGUCAAACACGUCUGCUGCAUCGCCUGCAUCUGCCGCGAUGCGCGUCUCCCUCUCCCCCGCGGCCGUGCACGCACCGCCACAGUUAUACUUAUAAUGCUGCGAUCACACGUGGUUAGAGCAAGGCAAGCAACGAGAGGCUGAAGGAGCAGAAUUUCCCCAAACCAGCACAGCUGCCACAGAGAGAACCAGCGCCACUCCUGCACAACGAUUAAAGGAAGGAGAACUUCAUGUCAAAGCGCAAACGUGAAACGCGGAGCAUUAUAUCUUAUAUGUCCCUAACAGCUACAGUUUUUCAAGAGGGUGCAUGAUUAUGGAGCGCCGACCACCGUUUAUGUAUAUAAAAAGGUAAACUUUCAAGCUAAUGGAAAUAUUUAGAUUAGUCGUUGGUGAGAAUUAUUAAUGAAGAAGUACGCGUUUGUGAACUUCUACACAGAAUUAGUAAACAAGUAAAAAUAUUACACACUGUGCUUAAUCUCGUAUUUUAUUCUUCUGGUGUUAUAACUUUGAAUUUAAGACCAAACUGGGUUAAUAGAUGCAUUUUUGUUUUUGCUCAUUUAGAUGAGAUUUAAUUACAAAUGGAAGCAUUUUGUUUUAUGUUGCACACAAACAAACAAACAAACAAACAGUCCAAUCAGGAUGUGACCGAACGGCUGAACUUCAGCGAGUGUUUCCGUAGUGUUUAAGGAACGCGCCACUCUGCUUCAGGAUCAAAGUGUGAAAACAUAAUGAAAACUAUAAAAACCUAACAGCAUCAUAUGUUUAGCUGAAAGUAUAUUAAAUAAUCGGUCAUAAAGUGGAUUAAUGAAAGUCACAUUAGUUAUAUCUGAUUUUAUAAAUGAUUUAAAAACACAAAAGAUUAAAUAUACUAAUGUGGCGCCGUGCUCGGACAUAUCAACGCUAACGAGCUAAACUUUAAGUCUUAGUUUAAAAAAAUUGUUUUAUUCUGUUUCAGUUAAAGAAAAAUAUUAAUAUUAACUAGAGUCAAAACAAUUUAACUGAUUUAAGUAGUACACGCACGCACGCACGCACGCACACACACACACAAAUCACGCACACACACACACCUUUGCGAACAUGCUCCUGACCCCAAAAUUCCACCAUCUCCGCUCCGCCCCCGCUUUCCGCUGCUGCUCGCUUCCGAACUCAAAUUACCGUAAAUCCUCUAAUACUGGCCCUCCUUCCAAUAAAGGCCUGGAGCUUGAUGAGCUUGAGUCAAAUACAGGCCCGGGCCUGUAUUAGAGGAUUUACGGUAUACUACACCCGCUCCAACGGCUCCGCUCCGGUGCGGAGACCUGAGGUGCGUAAACAGGCAUGCGCGGGAUUUUCGAGAUCUUGCGAUACAGUCCGAGCAAUAAACGCGGAAGUUAGAUCCAAACACCCGUUGUGUGGGAGAAGCAUCGAAAUGAACUGUUUAAUCUGCCCAUCAUUUGUGCUGAGAGAUCAGCAGUGUUUGGAUCAACAAAGUGUGACUACUUUGAUAGUAGAAACUGUAUUUAUGGCUUAUUUUUGUGCAUUUAAAGUUCAACCACCAUUGAUAGUUGUUAAAAGUUGUUAAACCUGUGCAUAUGAAACAAAAAAAACGCUUUUUGUUUAUCGAUUUAUUGUGAAAUAUCGUAAACUGUGCUUGCUCCCUUUCCUGUUGGGCGGUUGUGAUUUCUGUCCAUUGACUGCAGAGGUGCUCCGGCGUCCGGCAAAAAUAGGAUCGAUCCUAUUUUUGCCGGAUGGCGAAACAGCGGGCGGCGCACGGCCGCAGUAGUGGAACAGUUCUGAUUGACUACAACGGGACCGUUUUUGCUGCGGAGUUCGUGCCGGAGCGGAAAUGGUGGAUUUUUGGGGUAACUGUUACCAUUAGCGUUGGAGAGUUAACAACUUGUGUGAAUUUUCAAUAAUUAUUUCUAUGCUUUACUUAAUAAAUCCUGUUUUUCCAUCAUAUUUUUAAAACACUGAAGGGAUAUUUUUGAUUCUGAUUAUUACGAUUUAAAAAGCUCCUUUUUAGUGAAUGUAACGGAAGGUUGUAAAAGAUCAGAAAUACUUUCACUGUAAAACCCGAUAAGUUGAUAACUCAAAAUUUUGGAUGAAACUGAUUACAUAAAAAAAUUUGAGUUAAUGAAAUUGCAAAUAACAAACGUCCCCAGAAGUGGGUAACGCGCACCCACUCACUACCCACCCACCGCUGUGACGGACAUCGGAGGAACGCUAACCACCGUGUGCCCUCGCGGACACCAGAGGAACACGUUGCUCUUAACGAUGAAAAAGUUGAACUAAUUAAACACAUUUGAGUUCUAAAAACAAUGUUAAAAUUAUGAGUUUCAUUUACUCAAUAUAAUUGAUUAUUUUCAACAUUUGGUUUUACAGUGAACUCGUUAGAAUUAGAAUGAUUUAAUUAGGGUGAAUUUUAAAACAUAAACAAACAAUAAAAUAAGUAAUUAAAACCUUUAUGCUCAGAAAUCUCAUGAUUUGAGUUUUAUCAUGACAUGAACGAUUUUGACUGUUAAAUGUUUUAAUCUCACAUUUAGAUUCAGAGCAGGGAUAACGUUCUCAAAUAUCAUGUAAAAACCACAAAUAAUCCUGUCUGUCUGUUCCAAACCAAAUUUGCACUUUUGGCUCAUUUUUGUAUUUUCUGUAGAUUUUGUUUUGGUACCAAGAUUUAGGCUCACAGGGUAUCUGCAGGUUUAAGGGAGCCAAAUUUAAGACUUUUUAAGACCUUUUUUAAGGCCACUUUGACCAAAUUUAAGCUAUUUUUAAAAUUAAAUAAGAUAUAAUUUCCAGCUAUUGCCUGGGGCCGGUGCUAACCACGUCGUGAACGUGGGAUUAGCCAUCCAGUUACCAUUAAACUUGCACUUCCCCAUGGCGCAAACUCCCACUAGCUUAACCAGCUAAUGUGCUCAUCUAAAAACAGCCCCCUUUCAUAACCAACUGAAUGUGUACGGUUCCGCUUACGCCAACAUCAUACACAAAAAAUGCUGAACACUAACUAGAAAUUCACGAAAAUGUUUAUAGAAAUAAAAUAAUCUUGUUUUUUGGGUCUUUGGUAAUUUAAGACCUUUGGAAACUGUAUUUAAGGAUUAUUUGUCAUUUUUAAGGAUUUUCAAGGCCUUGAAUUUGGAAAAGCAAAUUUAAGACUUUUUAAGACUUUUUAAGGACCCGCGGAUACCCUGGCUCAGUAUUUAUCUAUAACCCUAACUCCACCCUAGCUACCAGAAAGACGACGCCUGUAAGCGACGCUCUGCACGGUUCAACGGGUCUCUCCUGAAACCAGCUUUCACGUUCAUUUAGAAGCGGCUUCGGUCUGUUAUCAUUUUAAUGAUUGAUGAAUAUUUUUUUUCACUGUGUGUUUGACAGACGAAUGAAAUAAUAUUUUCACACUUUUACUGAA